AUGCACAAAUUAACCCCCACCCAAUUUUACACUCCCUCCCUCCUCCCAUACCCAUCAUCUUAUAAUACACAAAGGUUUUGAAUAUCAAAAUACAUGACAAUUCACAACAACAAAAUGACUUCAAUUGCCACCAAUAGCACUGUUGUCGCCACUAGAAUGCUAGUUGUGAUCACUUUAGUCCUUGCACUAGUAUGUUGUGUCACAUCCGCGCAAUCACCGGCAGCAGCACCAGCCCCGGAGAGCAACGGGUGCUUGAUGGCACUAACAAACAUGUCAGAUUGCCUGACAUAUGUGGAGGAUGGGAGUAAGUUGGCAAAGCCUGACAAAGGGUGUUGCCCUGAGUUGGCAGGGUUGAUUGAUAGCAACCCCAUUUGCUUGUGUGAGUUGCUAGGAAAACCUGACUCUAUUGGCAUCAAGAUUGAUUUGAACAAAGCCCUCAAGCUUCCUUCUGUUUGUGGAGUGACCACUCCCCCUGUUAGCACUUGUUCAGCUGUGGGAGUCCCCGUGUCCUUGCCUCCAUCAAUGAGUGAAGGUUCUUUGUCACCAGGUAUUGCACCAGGAGUCUCCAGUCCUUCAAAUACAGAUGCUAGUCCUGCUUCUAGUCCUGGUGGUCCAGGCCCUUCCUCUGAGGAAGCUGCUGCCAGCCCUUCUCAAAACAAAAAUGGAGUUUCUGCCAUUCAAGCCUCUGCUUUGACUAAUUUCAUUUUUGGCCUUUCCACUCUAUUUGUCUCCGUAUUCUUCUGAUUUUACACAUAUUAGUUCUCCGUGUCAUUAUUUUAGUGGAUCUUUUUAUUUCCUCAUUAUUUGUAUGUUGUGAGCCACUUUUUAAAGGUUUUGUUGUAAUUUUAUGCACUGAUGCAAUUGUUACUGUCAUUAUUAGUAGUGAACCACACACUUUAAUUAGGGCCUUCUUGAUUGCAUUAUUAAGCCGAGCUAUUCAUUUUUUUAUUUUGUACUGUAUUGUUUUUUUCCUCCCAAGUAUAAUGUCCUCAUGACAUUGUUGGAUAAA